AUGUCGGAACACCUGCAGCUGCUGGAGAACGCCACCGAGUCGCUGCUCGGACACUCGGUGCUCCGGGCUGCCGCUGGGAGUGGAUGUGUCCGAGGCGACACUCUGUCACCUCCUGCCUACCCGCACUAUCCCAGUACCGCCACCCCGCCUGAGGUUGGCAACGGUGACCAGGCAGCCCCCGACUCGUCCCACCCUGGCAGUGGCCGCAGCGAGGACGACACCCUGGCGUCGGACAAAACGGUGUCGACAGGCGACACGACUAUUCUGGCAUCCACAUCCGGUGUCACCGUCAACGGUAGCGGCGGUGGCACUGGUAUCGACAGUGUGGGAACCGCCGCGGGCAGUGCUGGCAGAGAGGUGGGCGAGGAGCAACGCCUCAGCGACACUGGUUCUGCCGUUACUGCCAGUACGAAGCCACCGUUCAGCUACACAGAGCUCAUUGCUAUGGCAAUAGAGCAUUCUCCACACAGGAGGGCAUUACUGCCACAGAUCCACGCCUACAUCACAAGGCACUUUCCGUACUACGGGCCCGACCAGAAGGGCUGGCAGAUUGCAAUCAAGAACAGACUGUCGAGCAGCAAGUGCUUCGUCAAAGUGCCGCAGGAAGUCGACAGGCGCAAGGGGAACUACUGGAUGGUCGGCUUUUUGGGUUGUUGA